AUUUGCAUAAAUGAUUCAAAACGGAGCUACGUUCCUCGUUGAAUAAUGACGGAAUAUAAUGCUAUCUAAGUCGACAGUAUUUAUGUGCGUGGUUGUGAUACAACUUCUCGUGCUUGGUCUUUACCAGAUGAAUGUUGUCGACAGAAUUUCAGAUUCGCUGAGAGAACAAACUGGUCGCGUACAGAACAACGCUGGAUUCAAACGAAUGUUGUCAAUGGUCAGUUCACUCGACAUAACAAAUGAGUACGGGAAUACGGAGAAACAAGCUUCCAAAAGGUUGCUUUCCAAAGUAAAAACAGCUUUUUAUUCAGUGUAUCACAUCAUAGCAAGGUCUCAAGAUACAAUUAUCGACAAACUUCGAGGGAUUAAGAAAAGUUUGAACGCUACAACUAUACCGUUGCCGCUUGGAGCAUAUAAAGAUGACUCGAUACGAGACCGAGCAUUUGGGCCGAUAUUUGUCGAGAGAGUCUUUCUUCUUAUUUUAAUAACUUCUCACCCAAAAGCAUCAUCGAGAAGGGAUCUUAUUCGUAAAACUUGGGCCGGCACUUCCAAAUCGAAGUACCUAACGGGCCUUCCCGCGAAAUCCACCAAUGUGAGCCCUACUUACCCACAGUCCACCAUAUACUGCGUAUUUACCGUGGGGUUCGCAAACGAUGCUGGGAUUGAUCGAUAUGUUGAACGAGAGUCGAACAGAUUUGGCGAUAUUCUACGCAUAAAUAAAAGGGAAUCCUAUCGGAAUUUGGUUGAGAAAAUCCAGGGCUCGUUCGAGUGGGCAUUGAGUGUGAAACCGCAGUACAUACUAAAGGCUGAUGAUGACGUGUAUGUUAAUAUGCCCAAGUUGAUAUCCUGGUUACACAGUCCCAGAAUUCCUCCCAAGAUCUAUGCUGGGUUCGUACACUACAGGGCCUUUAUUCAGAGAGACCCAUCACAUAGGUGGUUCGUCAGUCGCUCCCUAUUCCCAGAGGGGCGCUUUCCACCAUACUGCGGGGGGCCCUUUUAUCUUUUCUCUGGCAAUAUUUUGCAAAAGAUCCAUAAAGCUUCCCUGAAGCAGAAAAGGUUUGCGGUAGAGGAUGCGUACUUUGGGGUUCUUGCUCGUAGAAUUGGGAUUAGGCCGUUUGAUGUGGGCCGGACAUUGUGGUUCUGGGAUAAAGAACUAGAUUUGACUUCGACAUCAUGGACUAACACGAGAUUAAGGAACACUGCUGUUAUUGGUGAUGGCAUAACUGAUUCUGGUAUCCAAUACUUACACGAAAGAUACAAGAAGAUUAAACAGCGUAGAUGACAAGUUACCUGACCCUGGUUGUGUUAUGACUUGUUUAUUGCACACUGUGCACUUGUACAAUGCAAAUUUGUUAAUCUAUUUUUGUAAAACAGACUACGCUAUCUUUAUGUACAAAAUAUCAUUUUUGGGAUUGAGGUAAAGACAAUCUGGGGCGUAACUAGAAAAGCUUAUUUUUGAGGGUAGGGGGGUGGUAACCUGUCUGUCUAGGGGGGUGGGGGAGGGGGGGUACUUGUCUGGAAGUGUGGGGAGAGGUAACCUCUGCCAUUCCUUGUAUUUGGGAACAGUCUGCUGUUUACCAACCAAUUGAAGCACUAACUAGACGUAAUUUGGGGACAAUUAAAAUAGGGAUGCCCCAACUAAGGGGAAGGGAAGGGGGGGGGGGGGAGGAGCGGAGGAUGCCGGUAGAGAAAAGUUAAUUUUACUUUUAAGAUAAUUAGAAUUAUCUUAUCAUUAGCAAGGUAUUCUCUGGGUGUUCUGUCUUUGCCGUAGUUUGCGUGAGUCUAGCACCGCAACCAUCACCUGCCCGACAGACAUCACAUACUAAUUAAUCUAUCUUAGCCAAAAAUCUCCUAUAAGUAGGUUUAAGCCCUGUGGCAGGUAUUUUUCCAAAGAUUGGCUCUCAGUCAUGCACGGUGCGUCGUCCACGGCGGGUAUCGUUCUUAGUGUAGUACAAGGAUUAGUUUAGACUCAUUCUUACAAAAAUGCACGCAUUGUACUCCAGUCUCGACAUGGCCCUUGAAGAGCCCUGCCUUGUGACAUACAAUUUUUCUUAGAAGUGAGAAAUUCUAGGAAUCCUGCCAAGUUCGGUGCUUGUCUGUAUAUGACGAUACGUCGUACGCGCCAUUUGCAGCCCAUUUUUGUCAGUCAAUAAUCACGUCAGUGAAUUUUUGUUGCGCAAGAAAAAUAGAUCGAUGGAAAUAAAGUAAACUUUACUGUUGUAAUAUCUAAAAAACUUUUUUGCAUUUAAUGUUCACGCAUGACCCAUUGUAAGGGCGUAUAUAGUACUUUUUGUAAAGGGAGUCGCUAUAACCGAGGGUAUAAGCGGCUCAACUCAAAGUGAGUUAAACGUUACAUAAUACUUAGUUGCAACAUUUUCAAAUCAAUCUUGAGUUAGAACAAUGUUUCGUGUACUUUUAACAUUUCAGGAUCUCCGCGUGUAAAUGUCAAUUUCAUAGCUCGUUCGUUAAUUUAGGUAUUCGGUAAAACUUCAUUUAAUUUCUUUAUGCCUCUUCGUUACUUUUUGCUUCGUCGUUAUUUGCUAUUUCUUGUAUCAUCAAUCUUCACUAUAUCCUCAAAAAAGUCUGUGGUUCCUACGUU